CCCAACGACAGUCAUAGUGGGCAUUGGACAUGGAAUAGACUUAAUAAAACUUUCUUCCAUUCUUUGGCCAAAGUGUGGUGGUGAAAUAACUAAAUGACUUAAAACCUAAAUUGGCAACCAAUACUAGAAAACCAAUACAAAAUUGCUGUGCUAGUGUCAAAAGAAAAUUAAAAAAUUCAUUGGCUGGCUGACGCAAAUAAGUGAACAACAACAACCCUUUGCAAAGAAAGAACAUUGAACUUGUUAGAUCAAAAGUAAAGCUAAGUGUUGAGACAGCCACCCACAAACAACAAUACAAAUUUGCAUGUGCCUUUGCAAUCAUUAAGAAGGAGCUUAAGAAAAAAACAUAAAGGUGUACAAAAAACUAGAAUUUCAAGUGGAUACACACAUCCUGGAUUUAAGACUAAGACGACUUUUGUGUAUCUCUGAGUUCUUUUGAUUGUCUUCUGCGAAUAGUUCAACAACACAACAGCUGCCUUUACAAAAGAAUUGCAUAAUAUUCCAGCCAUUCCCCAUUUUUUUACAAAGCAUAUUUUAUGGGCAGAAAUUUCUAUAGUUUGAUUCAUUAGUUCCUACUUAGCGCCUACCACAUUUAACGCAUUAGCCGCUGUCGUCGUCGUCAAAUUGUCUGCUGGAGGAAACUCUUUUUGGAAUACCCCAGUGUUUUCGUGACAACCAUAACCUUACGCAAUGGCUCGUCCAAUCAAUGAUAAUAUAAUCCCUAUUGCUGUGGGCGUUAUUGCCGUCGUUACGGGAGCCGUUAUCAUUCACUAUUUUAUCAAUAAGAAAACCACAAAGAAAGCCCGCCCAGAACCUAACAGAACUGCCCGACUACGCACACUGAUCGAUGCCAAUGACAAGUAUCAAUUGCCCCUGAUCGAAAGGGAAGAACUCAGUCAUGAUACACGACGUUUUCGUUUCGGUUUACCCUCACAUCAACACAUUUUGGGUUUGCCCGUUGGCCAGCACAUUCAUUUGAUUGCCACCAUUGAUGGUGAAUUGGUGAUACGUCCCUACACACCCAUCUCCUCGGAUGAUGAUGUUGGCUAUGUUGAUCUAGUGGUUAAGGUCUAUUUUAAGGAUGUCCAUCCCAAAUUUCCCGCGGGUGGUAAAAUGUCUCAGUAUUUGGAUCAGAUGAAGGUGGGCGAUAAAAUAUCCUUCCGUGGCCCCUCCGGCCGUUUGCAAUAUUUAGGCAAUGGCAAUUUUUCGAUUAAGAAAUUGCGCAAGGAUCCACCCAAGACGGUGACUGCCAAACGGGUGAACAUGAUUGCUGGUGGUACUGGUAUUACUCCCAUGCUACAAUUGAUACGUGAUGUUUUGAAACGUAGUGAAAAGGAUAAAACUGAAUUGGCUUUAUUGUUUGCCAAUCAGAGCGAAAAGGAUAUUUUGCUGCGCAAUGAAUUGGAUGAAUUGGCCAAGAAAUAUCCUGAUCAAUUCAAAGUUUGGUAUACCGUUGAUAAAGCCGGUGAAGGCUGGCCCUAUGGCAUUGGUUUUGUCAAUGAGAAUAUGAUUAAAGUGCAUCACUUCCCUGCCAGCGAUUCAACUAUCACCUUGAUGUGCGGCCCCCCACCUAUGAUUAAUUUCGCUUGCAAUCCUGCCCUCGAUGCAUUGGGCUAUCAUCCGGAUAAUCGUUUUGCUUACUAAA